AUGUCGCGUGCGUCGCAGCAUGGUGUGUGUCUAUACGUUAUACGUGUACGAAUACCAUACAGUGAUGUCGUCGAACGGUGUCUGGCGCAGAACGGGCGACGUCACGGCGCGAUUUCAAACGCGGCGCGUCGCCACGUCGCGACCGCGCGCGCGCACGCCUCGGGCGUCGCCCACGACGUCCCGCGCGUGCACGCGCGCGCGCGCUCGAUGUCGCCGGUGAGCCCGCUGCGACGCGGCGACGACGCGACGACGAUGGCGGCGGCGAAACGAUCGAUCGACGACGCGCUGGCGACCGCGGCGGCGGACGCGACGGCGAGCGCGACGGCGUCGAACGCGCGCGCGGAGACGGGUGAGACGGGUGAGACGACACCGCCCUCGGGUUUGGCGCGGAGUUUGAACGCGACGCGAGGGCCGAUGGUGGUGGGGAGUCCGUCGAACGGGAUGAGCGGGUUGAUUAAGGAUGCGCUGCGAUUGGUGGAGAAGACGACGAAGGAGGGUGGGAAACGGGUCGAAAUCGCGCGCGUGGAGGAGCAAUUGAGUUUUGAUAAGGGGUUUUACCUCACGAUUCGAGCGAUUCAGUUGUUGAAGAUGGGAAUGCCCGAUCGAACCAUCGUCGUCGGCGUCGCGGGGCCGAGCGGGGCUGGGAAGACGGUGUUCACGAGUAAGAUUCAAGAGUUCAUGCCGGGAGCGGUGACGCUGUCGAUGGACAUGUACAACGACGCGAGUAUGUUGUUGGAGGGGAACUUUGAUGAUCCCCGGUUGACGGAUUACUCGUGUUUGCUCGAUAACUUGAGAGGGUUGAAGAAUGGCGAGGCGGUUCAAGUUCCCGUGUACGACUUCAAGGAGAGCAAGCGCACGGGGUACGUCACGGUGCCCAACCCCACGGCGAAGGUUGUCAUCUUGGAGGGGAUCUACGCUUUGAAUGAAAAGCUUCGACCGAUGAUCGAUCUUCGCGUGAGCGUCACCGGGGGUGUGCACUUUGAUUUGGUCAAGCGCGUCCUGCGCGACAUCAAUCGAAGCGGCCAAGCGCCGGAGAGCAUCAUUCAUCAAAUCUCCGAGACGGUGUAUCCAAUGUACAAGGCGUUCAUCGAGCCCGAUUUGCGCACCGCUCAUCUCAAGGUUGUGAACUCGUUCAACCCGUUCCAAGGAUUCCAGGACCCGGUGUAUAUUUUGAAAUCCGACCGCGUGCCAGAGGAAAAGCUCAUCAAGGCGGUGCUCGGGAACGAUUGCCAAAUCACGGAGGAGGUAGAGACGGCGGAUAUCUAUCUCCUUCCGCCGAACGAAGACCCAGAGACGUGUACUUCUUGGCUCAGAAUGCGUAACCGCGACGGUCACUACACGCUGAUGUUCGCCGAGACGGUUACGGAUGGACCGAUUAUGAUUUCUCCCCGAAUCAAGUUUGAAGUCGGCGUGAGAAUUUUGGGCGGGCUCAUGGCGCUCGGCUACGUCGUCGGGGCUAUCAUGAAACGACGCAGUAAGGAAUAUAGCGACGAUUUGCUCACGAUCAAGACGGAUUGGGUCGAGGGUCUCGAUCGCUCGUUUGUCCAAGUGCAAGGUCGUCUGCGUUCGGCGGUUGAGGCGGCUGGCCGAAAGCUCGGUCUCGAAGGCACGUACAUUCCGCACUCUUACAUCGAGCAGGUGCAGCUUGAGAAGCUUACGCAGGAGCUCACGUCGCUCACGGACGAUCUGAAGACGCGAUUCCCCAUCACGGAGUCCAUGCUCACUUCGGCGACGGAUUUCUCUGGCGACUCGGACGACGGCGUCUCGCCCGACGAUCACGCUCGCACCAGACGCUCUCCCGGGGGAAGCGACAGCGGCAGUAAGCUACCUCCACAUCCGCCUCGUCCGAAAUCCGCCGCGCCGGCGAAUUGGGGCGGUUAUGGCCUCGACGACCCGGCGGACGGAGCGUAUUACGCGACGCCGCCGCCUCGAAGCCAGAGCCGUGGCCCGAGCCGACACGGUCGACCGUACGAGACGAGCGAUCGCGGCAUGACGAGUCCGGGCAGACGUACACGCACGAAGAGUCCGAGCGGGAAGCGUACGUCGCCCACCGGAACGGGUUCGAGGGACUUGGAGUUGAAAUUCGAUUGGCUCGCCACGCGCGUGGAGAAGCUCGGCGAGCUUCAGCGCGCGGCGUCUGCGGAAAUCGCCUCCGAUUACGUCGCCACCCCAGGGGGAUCCCGAGUCAAAGAAUCCGAAGUAUUAGCCCGCGAGCUCCAAAACGUCAACGCCAAACUCGACGCCAUGGCUUUGAGCGUGCAACGCCAACAGCUCGACGUCGCGCGUCUGGAGAUGCGCCAGGCGCUCGGCGCCGUCGCCGUCGGUACCCUCAUCGUCGCCGCCGCCUUCGUCGCCGGCGCCUCCGGUCGACGAUGA